AUGUCGGGACUAAAGACGUUUCUACAACAGAAAGUGAAGGUGGUUACUGGGGACGGCAGAUUGAUCGUGGGAAAACUGGAAGGAUUUGACCAGAGCACCAAUAUCAUAUUGACCGGAGCCGUUGAGCGUAUAUUUGACCCGGUAGAGGCCACACAAGAACUGGAACUGGGGUUGUACGUGCUACGAGGGGACAGUGUGGUGUGCGUAGGGUUGAUAGACGAGGAGGUUGAAAAUCAGAUAGAUUGGAGCCAGGUGAGUUGGAGCUAA